UCUUCCCUGUCCCAAAAAUAAUUUAGGUAAUUUCCGCUAGAGGUGCUGCAACACUUGUCAAAAUCCAGCUGAGUGCCAGAGGGGGAGGAAGACUUUUUCCUCGAGUUGACAAAAACUUUAUCAAUUAGCUUCAUUAAGUGAAAAAUGUGGGCGCCGUGAGUGGUGUGUUUGUGAAGAUUAGGGAUUGCUUUGUCCAGUGGUGACUCACACUGUCCACCAGUGAUUGUGCUCUGUGUGUAAAUAGUGAUUAAAGGUGUUCGUGUCACGAAAGUAGGUGAAGGUGGUGUGAGCUCCAUUGCUGCUGCUGGGGAUAUAUUUUCCUCGUGGAAUUAAUUUUGUAAAUAGUUGGUGGAGAAGGUCAGACAAUGGAUUGGAUCAUCAAUGAUGAGCUGGGGCUCACGUUGGGGCAUGUGGUUGGCUGGGCAGCAGCAUCUGCAAUGGUUGUUGGCGGUGUCAUUCCCUACAUUCCGCAAUACAGACAGAUAAAGCAGACACAGGAUCCGGAAGGAUUCUCCCUCCACGUCUGCCUCGCCCUUCUCAUUGCAAACACACUGAGGAUACUUUUCUGGUUUUCCAAACGCUACGAGCUUCCGUUACUAGUCCAAAGUAUUGUGAUGAACCUCACCAUGUUCCUGAUGGUCCACCUUUGUGUCAAGGUGCGUCGCAACAAUGCAAUAAUGAGGACACGAGAACGUGUCUUUUCCGGCGAGGACUUAAAUCGCAGGGGUUCCUCAAAGUCGAGAGAUGAACGUAUUGGUAUUGGGGAUGGCGUCAUAACAGCACCAGCUGGACAAAUAAAGAGGGGCACCUCCUCAAAGCACUAUUUGACCGACUUCGAUAUGAAGUAUUUCUGGCAGUGGACGGAUUUUCAGUCCUACCUGGAUUUUAUGCUGGUAGUGUGGGCUGUUGGGGCUGCCAUCACCUACCUCAUGCUCUCAGUGGAGUGGUUUAUGGAGACAGUGGGCUUUUUUGCGGUCUUCACCGAGGCCAUGCUUGGUGCUCCACAAUUUGUGCGGAAUUACCACAAUAAGUCCACUCAUGGCAUGAGUAUCCACAUGGUGAUUAUGUGGACAUUGGGUGAUAUCUUCAAGACGGUUUAUUUUGUUCUGAGGAGUGCCCCAACGCAGUUUUGGGUUUGUGGGAGUUUGCAGGUGAGCCUGGAUUUGGCUAUAUUGCUGCAAGUGUACAUUUAUCGGAAGAAUCAAGCUCCUCGGACUGUCCAUCGAGGAGACUAGCAGUUUGCCCCCAAUGCAGAUGCCCGUCGCGAUUCGGCUCUUGGGCGUUCCGGAACACCCACGCAGCUGCGUUCGCGUGAAAAUACGCCACAUCAUGGGUUCAAUAAUAACAACGGGACACCGGGGGCUGUAGUGAUAGCGAGUUCGCGGGAAGGGACACCAAUUCGAAGGUGCUCGUCGGAGAGGGAACGCUUGGGAUCAUUGAGACGUGAAGCGAGUCUCAAUAGUGUCCUCCUGAGAACUCUGGAAGUGGAAAUGGGGGAAGAUGUCGAGGACAAUGGAUAUUGUUCGCAGGAGCAGGCUCACCAUCACAGCCAUCAUCAUCAUCAUCAUUUGGCGCACAGGAAGGAAUCAGAUGGCAGUGAUGGAGGUAUUUGCUAUGCUCAUGAGUAUGGAAGUUACACCAGUACGCGAGAUCUGUGCGCCACAACCAGCAAUAGUAGCCUGGCAUCGGUGCUUCAGUGUUCAGAAUGCGUCCGGGAUGCCUUAUGACAUAACGUUUCGCUGGUCUCAUGGCCAGCGAUUGACAUCAAUGCUCUGCUCCAGCAGACAAUAGCAGCGUCCAGGAGUCAGAUGAUGGUCUCUGCUCAGACCCAGACGGAUCUCUUCGAGGCCACUUUCUUCACCCAAGAAACCCCUGAGAUUAUUUUAUAGCAGUGGUGGCGGCAUUUGCGCCAGAGGGGCAUUUAAAACAAAAAAUCUUCAUGUGAUCUUUGCGAUUUCUGACCAACUUAUCGAGAUGCCACAACUGACAAAGCCCAGUAUAUGAGGAAUAAAUGACAGAGAGAGAGAGCGCUCCGAGGAAUGUGUGAGUUAAUACCGUGAGAUAUUUUACAUCUUAUCUGAAUGAUGUAGCAUAUAUUUUUUUAAAAAUGUUUUUGAUCGAU